GUACUUAUUUCCAUUCCCAACCAUUUAUUAUCAAAUUGGUUGCAAUUCACUUCCAAAUAUUCUUAUUCUUAAACCUCUUGUUAUUUCCAUUCUAGCAUUCCCACCAAACAAACAAGACUUUUUUUUUUUUUGGUUUAAUUGGAUUAAAACUCUCAAUCCCACCCUCAAUUCCCACACACCAAACACCUCCCUACGAAAACUACCACGGCCGUUCACACCAUAGUAAAUUAGUAACACGGCAGUGCGCGGCGGCAAUGUACACCAUCAACGGAGAUAAAUAACCAAACCAAACCCCACCCAUCAAAAAAACAAAUAAAAAUGAGCUCCAAACCCGAACCCAUCCUCUACUCCUCUCUACCAUCCGACCCAAAUUCCCAACCAACUACCGUCCAAAACUACGUCGUUUUACCCAUCUACCAUCCCACGCGCCACCGCUUCCUCCGCCACCUCCGGCGCAACCUCCUCUCUUUCUCUCUCCUCCUCCUCCUCAUCCUCGCCGUCUUCCUCCUCUUCCCUUCCGACCCCCAACUCCGACUCGUCCGACUCAAACUCAACCACAUCCGAGUCAACUCAGAUCAUCAUCUCUCUCUCGACCUUUCUCUCUCUCUUACUCUCAAAGUUCGCAACCCUGAUUUCUUCUCUGUCAAUUACGACGCUUUGAAUGUCUCGAUUUCGUAUCGCGGGAGGGAAUUAGGGUUUGUGAACUCUGAUGGUGGGAGGAUUAAAGCGCGAGGAUCGUCGUAUGUUGAUGCCACGCUUUUGGUUGAUGGAUUUGAGGUUUUUCAUGAUUUGUUUUAUUUGAUUGAAGAUGUUGCUGCUGGUAAAGUUCCAUUUGAUACUAUUUCUACUAUUAAAGGGAGAUUUGGACUCUUUUUCCUCAAAAUUCCAAUUGAGACUAAAGUGUCAUGUGAGGUAGACGUAAAUCCAAAAGAUCAGACAAUCGUUCAUCAAAAUUGCUAUCCUGAGUGACUUAGGUGGUUAUACAAGAAGCUGCUAUUAUUCAAUCAGUAGUGGAGAUACUUCUUGCUCGAUAGUCUGGAGGUGUAAAUUUCAGAAGCCUAAUCUAUGUGAGUCGCAGGAUCUGCAUAUCGUGUGGAAAUUUAUGUACAUUAUAAUGAUUAUUAUUGUACAGGGGUUAUGUACAUUAUUUCGAAGUCAAUAUUAUUCCUUAUAACAUCUUACUCGAUCAUUCACAUUGAGAAAUCUACAUGCUCUGUAUACGACAUCUGAUUGUAUGUAUCACCACAGUAUCUCCGUAUGCAGCUCUGUUUGCUGGACUGCAAUGAAUGGGGAAUGUCAUAAACCAAAAAAUCCUUUUCGUUCUAUUUAAAUCGCAACAUUGUCCA